UUGUCUGGUACAAUUAUGAAAAGUUCCAUCACACAAAUUGAACGAAGAUUUGACCUUCCAUCCUCUACUGUUGGUUUCAUUGAUGGAAGCUUCGAGAUGGGUAAUUUGCUGGUGAUUGCAUUUGUAAGCUACUUUGGAGCUAAACUUCAUAGGCCCAAAGUAAUUGCUGUUGGAUGCUUUACUAUGGCUUUGGGAAGUGUUUUAACAGCAAUGCCUCAUUUCUUCAUGGGAUAUUACAAGUAUGAAACAGCAUCAGACACAAGAUCUUCAGCCAACUCAACUUCAAGCAUAAAGCCCUGCUCUCCACAUCAAGAUUUGAAUGAAACCUUUUUGGACACCUCCCAGUCUGCCUGUGAGAAAGAACCAUCAUCAUAUAUGUGGAUAUAUAUCUUAUUGGGAAACAUGUUACGUGGAAUUGGUGAGACUCCAAUAACACCACUGGGCAUCUCCUAUCUUGAUGAUUUUGCUAAAGAAGAGAAUGUUCCUGUAUAUGUAGCAUGUUUGCACACAAUAGCCAUGUUCGGCCCAAUGUUUGGUUUCCUGCUGGGAUCCUUAUGUGCCAGACUCUAUGUGGAUGUUGGAUUUGUGGAUUUAGGAAAAAUUGCUAUCACUCCACAGGACUCUCGCUGGGUGGGUGCAUGGUGGCUUGGUUUUUUAAUAGGUGGAGUGAUCAGUUUCCUAGCUGCUAUUCCAUUUUGCUUCCUGCCAAAGAGUCUGAAAAAGCCUCUGAAAGCCAAUACGGACAAAACUUCACCUGGUCUCCUGGAAAAUAUGGGAGCCAUGAGGAAGACACUUCCUCCUGCAAAAUCUAAGCCAAUAAAGUGGUCAACAAUGCUGAAAGAUUUCUAUACCUCUCUGAAAAAAAUACUGAGUAAUCGAAUGUAUGUUACAUUUUUGUGUAGCUCACUGUUACAGUUCAGUAGCUUUAUCGGUUUCUUGACUUACAAGCCAAAGUACAUGGAACAGCAGUAUGGACAAUCUGCAUCUAAAUCUAACUUUCUAAUUGGAUUGACAACUUUACCACCUGUUGGAAUUGGAAUUUUCCUGGGAGGAAUAAUAAUGAAAAAGUAUAAAAUGAGCAUCAUUGGAGCAACCAAGUUUGCAUUUACCAUGUCUUUUUUUGCCUAUUCCUUCACUCUCUUGCACUUUGUUGUUGGCUGUGAGAACCAGGUGGUAGCAGGAAUUACAGCAUCAUAUGAUGGCAAACCCAUUCCGUAUCAUGAAAAUGCCAUAUCUUCUGACUGCAAUUCUGGCUGCAAAUGUGCCACCAAUGUGUGGGAUCCCGUGUGUGGAAGCAACGGGCUGACAUACAUUUCAGCAUGUCUGGCUGGAUGCACGAUUUCAGAGGGACAUGGGAAGAACACGGUCUUCCAUAACUGCAGCUGUCUUGAAGCCAGCAGUUCGUGGUCAGGAAAUAACUCUGUCACCUUGGGGCAAUGUCCAAAAAGUGAUAAUUGUUCAAUGAUGUUUAUUUAUUAUACAGUAAUACAAGUCAUAAGUGGUUUUUGCUAUGCACUGGGAGGCACUCCAGCAUAUUUGAUUAUGUACAGAUGCGUUCAGCCAGAGUUGAAAUCUCUUGCAGUUGGUCUGUACACUCUUGUUAUGAGAAUGCUAGCUGGGAUCCCUGCACCAGUUUAUUUUGGGGCACUGAUUGACAAAACAUGCUUGAAAUGGGCAAGCACGAGAUGUGGGCAGCGAGGGGCUUGCAGGCUAUAUGACUCCAAUGCAUUCAGAUAUGUCUACCUUGGUUUAUCAGCGAUGUUGAGAGCUCCUUCCUACUUGCUUGCGAUCCUUUUCUUUAUAUUGAUAAAGAAAAACAUUCAAAAUAAGAACUCCAAGCUUGCAGAAAAUGGAGAAGAUGUUCCUAUGAACAAAGAAGAUAACUGCAAAAACAGUGAACAUUUGGCAAGUUCUUCUGAGGCAGAAAAGGAAUCGCAUACUUAGAACGCCAUCUGGAAUAGUGUAAUAUGAAUCAAGACAGCUUCUUUUAAAAACAACUUUAACAAUGUCAUGAAUAACUAACUAACUAAUAGCUUAGAAAGUUCAGAAAGGCAAAGAAAUAGUAAACCUAUGGUCAACAAAAAGGAAAUCGUACUGGCAGGUUAUGACCUCAUAUGUAUUUGGCUACAGGUAACAGACCAAAUAAAUUACUUGAACCAAACCAAGUUCUCAAAAGGUAACAAAAAGUCUCCCAUGGUGUUCACAGCAGAGCUAGUCAACAGUUUUUGAAUGGGGUCAAAGAUGAGUGCUGACAGAACAGCCACAUCCCAGAGUCCCACCAAACAUGGGGAUGAUUCCAUGUGCAGAUGUGUGGAGUGGUGCUGGAAUGGCAAGCAGCAGUCUCACAACAGCAUUCUGAUUUCAUCAAGUUCAAUUGGAAUUCAAAAGAAAAACAAGGCCCUUGAGCAAAAUUCUUCCUCCUUAUCUAAGUGAGUCAUUGCAACCCUUUGCCACUGCAAAACUGACAACAGCAGUAUUUUUCCAAUAAGCAUUUUUCUCUUAGUUCAGCAGAAAAAAAAUUA